GCGCAGUUAUUGGGUCGCGGAUGUGGCGGCAAGACACGAAUUACUUACUUGCAAAACACGCCCGUUUAUUAAGUCCCAUACCUCACCGAACUGGAUCAUGCCCGACCACCAAUAAUUUAUUGACGUGAAUUGUUGCAUGGAGUGUUCUUUACAAAGUGGACCCGAUCGAAAGUCCUUGCGUUUAAAUUAUAGCCGUGCGUGGGUGACAGAAGUAUUGCAAGUUAUGUACAUGUACGCGUUCACCCAUACAGUUACAGUGUUGUAAAACUUGCACACUAGAUACUGACGUCCUUGCAGUUGAAAGGAAAGAGCGUUGAAUGGCCUCGUACGAUGUUAAUACCAUGCCAUUGUAUUGAGGGCAUUCAUAGAAAUCCAUUCGUCCGAGCCGGUCUACACUGCUAGCUACACAACCGAAAGUUCACCACCGCAGACUAUACAGUUGUAGUGUUGAGUAGGCCUUGAGUGGAGUUUGUGUAUUUAUAGUCACUACCAAUAUCUGCGUAGAUACUGUUUGGAGUAUCCCGACUUGAUCCCAAAAUGGUGCUCUCGGCAGCUGUAGGAGGUGGUUCGGUGACCGGUGUCUUCACGGUGACGGGCGCGACUAUCGCUCUAGCGGCGACAGUGGUUGUCUUGAUCGUGGUCCUGGCAUUGUGUCUUGGAGGCGGUGGGGGGAUGGGAGCCGAGUCGCCCCCUCCAGCACCCGGUGCAAGCUGCAUCGGUGGCCACCUAAAAAUCAUGACCGGAGAAACGCCGCCCUGGAUCAUCCUUAAUCAGAUAGGGAAGGAGCAGGGUGACGUCAUGUCCCUGAAACUUGGCCAUUGGGUUAUCAUGCUAAACACCUUGGCCGCCAUUAAAGAUGCAGCCGUGAACUUCGUUAAGGAGAUGGGUUCUAGGCCCACGAACUACACCAGCAAUUUACUGAAUGAGAACGGGAAAGAUAUUUCCCUGGGGGAGUACAGUCAUGACUGGCUCCUGCUGCGAGAAUUGGGCAUCAAAAACCUCCGAGAAUUUACGGCCAAUAAGAAGCUGGAGGAGAUAGCUCACAUCGUCUUGAAGAAGCUUGGAGAUGACCUGGACCAGAGGGAGAAUCAACCUGUCAAUGUCAAGGACAUCAUGGUACCAGCGGUGGCUGGUAUCCUGAGUCACCUGUGCUUCGGGUUCGAUGCUGAUCCCUCUAUCCAUGACCGUGUGGCUAGGCUGUUUGGGGGCGGUCUGUACAAGUACAUCGUGGGGCCGCGUCUGCCCGUAGACGUCAUCCCCAGCCUGCGGUUUUUCCCCAGCAGGGCCCUCUCGGAGGCCAAGGCCACAGUCAACGAGCUGAACGGAUUGCUCCGGUCGGAGAUGAAACGACACGAGGAGAGUCUAGACACAGCCAUGACCCGCGACUUGAUGGACGGAAUCAUCAAGUGUCGAAACCACGCCCGUGAGACGGAACCGGACAAGUACAAGUUCCUGACCGACACCCACGUGUAUCAGGUCAUAUCCAACUACCUCGGCGGGACUACUGCCGGUUUCUUGGUGUCCUCCCUGACCGCCACAGCCCUCCUCGUCAGCAAUUCAGACCAGCAGGAGAAAUUCUCGGCUGAGAUCACCAAGGCGGUCGGUGAGGACCGGGUUCCUGGGCUGGACGACCGGGAGGAGUUGGUCUACGUCAAGGCGACCAUUGAGGAGAUUCUACGCUACGCCUGCAUCGCUCCGAUCAGCGUGCCGCACAAGACCACCCAGGAUAUCACCUUCCGUGGUUUCAAGGUUCCAGCCAACACGGGAGUCCUCUGCAACUUCUAUGGCCUUCACUUCAACGAAGAGUAUUGGCCUGAGCCGUUCGUCUUCAAACCAGAACGCUUCAUCGACGAGGACGGAAAGUUCAAAUCGGACGAGCACAUGUACCCGUUCGGAUACGGGGCGCGCGCAUGCCUGGCCCAGACCGAGGCUCGCCAGAUGAUCUACCUCAUUCUCAGCUGGCUCACCCACCGCUACUCCCUCUGCCGAGCCCCUGGGGAGGAGGACAACGAUCUGCUCGUGCAGGAUCCGAACGUUAAGGUCGCCAAGGCUGUGGCCCCUUUCAACCUUGUUUUAAAACGGCGAUUUUAAGGCAAGUUCACUUCGUAUAAAGACGCACAAUCAGACUGGCGAUGCUAAGUUGGUAGACUGUGGAAGUUUCGUCAAGCCUUUCUUCAGAAGUAGGCCUAUCUGUUUUGCAAUUAAUCAUUGGCAAUAUAAUGCAUCUUCUUUGUUGAUAUUUGGUAUCUAUCAUGUUGUCUAAUUAAUCACCAACUAAAGUGAUUCAAAUCUGGAAAGAGGGGUUCUGUAUUGCAUUAGUUAUCAGUUGUCUUGUAGUAGACUUCAUAGUGUAGCUUUAGCAUACAGGUAAGCAUUAUAUAUACAGUGAAUAUCAAUGGUGUAUUUUUGUUGGUUUAUUCAUGUAUUUAAUUAAAAUGUGUGUGGGGCAGCAAAGUGAUUUAUAAAAAUUAAAACAUAAACCAAAAAAAUAUUGUUGACAGCGGUCUUGACAUAUUCAUGUAGUAAAAUGAAAGAAAAAGUAUCAUUUUUUCUAUUAAUAAAUGUUUUGUUUUUUUUAGCUUUUAUAUUUAAAAAGCAAACCAUUCUUUUUUUCUAUAUAUGUUUCUAUCCCCAUAAUGAUCUAUGUUACUUAGUUGUUACUUGAGGGAGAAAGAACUUUAUUAUUGUUAUGGUGGAAAGAAAUUUAUUUUCUAAAGGAACUAUUUUGUAUAAUUAUUAUUAACAUAAUGAAAAGAUCCCAGGCUGGGAAAAUUGGAAAAAUGGGUACAGUUAGUAUAAAAGAGUAGUUAACGUAUAAGAAUGUAGGCUAGGCCUAUUGACAAAAUGAAAUGAAUUUCUGUUAGAGAAUUAUAUAUGUUUUCGUGAUGUUGCACAAAAUUAUGGAUGAGGUGCUUUGCUUGCAUUCAUCAUGGUGCACUGGCGAAAAAUUGCACUUCUAUUUUUCAGAGCACUGUACAUGAUUUUGUAACUUUUAUAAUUUUAUACGUUUAUGUACUUUAAAACUCUGGAUGUAUUUUGAUCUUAAUUUAAAGAUUGCAGUUUAUUUGCGGGCAUUUUUGGUGUUUUUCUUUUUUAUUAUAUUUUUUUGGUGGCGGUGAGGAAUGACAAUCUUAAACAACUAUUAAAUGACCAGAGUUUUUAGAAUUCAGCAGUAUGAACUCAAAUCUAUGUAGUCGUUUGGCAAGAGCACAGCUGUGUCACCGAGUAGCAUUCCCAUACCACAAAAUGGUGGUUUUCUUUGCCCAUUUUUUGUUUUUUCGUUCAGGUGAGAUUUUCAUUUGUUUACAGUGGCUAGCAAAACAUCGCAUGUGAUGUACAAUGUACACACUUCUCAACGGCAAUAAUAUCUAUGUAGUUUCAAUGCGAAUGGCCGGGGGAAAGUUAAUUAACCAACAUUGGUCUAUCUUGCCUUAGUUUUCAAAAGCGUACAGGAAUGAUCCAUGGAGCUUGGAACUACUUGAAGACACAGAUUCAGUUAAUUAUUUUCUUACUAUUAUUCACAAUAACGAAAACAGAAGUGAAUAACUUAUAAACAAAGGACAAUAGAAUGUACUUUAAUGGUUCUUUAUGUGAAACCUUUUUCUUUAUUUCCCAAAAGAAUGCAAAUAAAAAAAAUGUCCAGGGUGCAGUCGAGAAAGAAAAAUCAUGGGAAAUACGAGGUUCCAUAUUUUUCAAAUCCUACUGUCAAAUUCUCUACUUGUUAUACAUUAAAGGGACCUUGCAAUGUGAUGUAGUUAAUACAAUCCUUGCAAAUGCACCUUUAUAACCCAUUUCACCAUAUUUUCAAUUUUUGUUUCGCCAUUUUAAAGAGCGUUUCCGUGCCUAUUUGGUUUUAUGCUAAUGCAAAUUUCCAUAUUCAUGAGCAAAACUGUGAUGUCAUUCCGUGCAGACACAUCAAUGUUACAGCUUUUUCAGCAGAAAAAAAAGUUGCAAGAAAUCUGGAUAUUUUGCGGUCGUAAAUUUUCUCUUUUUUGUGUGUGUGAUUAGUUGUGUAAAAUCUUGGCAGUAUUUAGCCAAUGAGCAACACCUUUCCACUGACAAAUGCUUACAAUGCACAAAUUUGGGUUCACAAUUUGUACAGAAAACCCCUAUAAAACUGAACAGUGUUUUCCUGCAAUGACAUACAUCAACAGCGCCCUCAGUUGUCCGGAAAGGCAUGGACAAUUUAAAAUGUUUAAAGAAGUGCACUUUUCAAUAAACUUAACCUCAAAGGGAUGUCAAAUAGUUUUCAUACAUUACGACUAGAAAGUUGCACAAAAUGUGUUCCUUAGAAAUAUUCAUUGCAUGAUCCUUUAAAUAAUACACUUUCCCAUCGCCCUUUUUUGGUGAAAGGUCACAACUUCCGUUUCCCCCAAAUAGGUCAAUGCCAGAUCAAAGGGAAGUGACUUCCGGUUUUAGGACCACACACUUUUUUUUCUAGGGUUUCAUUUAAAAAUUUCCCAACAGCUGUUAGCUCCUGAUAAAUAGUCUCGGUUGAUUCUUAUUUUUUUUACUUAAAAAGACUUGAGGGUAAAUCUUAUUACACUUCAAAACCCAAAAUAAGCUUACAAAGCCCAACAAGAGAGGCAAAACAAAACAAACAAACAAGCAAAAACGUUACAAAGUUCUAAUUGUAAUAGGGCAGUCCGUGUUAUAGCUUAAAUCUAUUUCAUCAACAACAAAAAUUGACAAAAUCCUAAUGGUUAUAAUGCAACGGUGUUCCAGAAUAUUCGACCAUGGUUCACUGACACAAGCAUGCAUUGAAUGCACACAACUUGGUCUCAUAAUGAUGUAUAGUUGUCAUCUGAAUUGAAAGAAAAUCUAUGUAAGAGUACUGCUUGCUGCAAAUUAAACGGUACAUUUUACAUAAAAGAAGAAAUAUUUGGGGGCAGAUUCGUUGCAGAAAUUGUAUGCAUAAGUAAGUGAACCUGUAUGCAAAA